AUUUUAUCUCAAUCAGGGAAAACACUGGAGAAACCAUCUUUUGCAGUCAAUGAACUGCUCAAUGAAAAAGUUUCAUUAUGGCAAGGAGAUAUAACUAGUCUUGAAAUUGAUGCUAUAGUGAAUGCAGGUAAGGCGUAUUGGUAUGUUCAACGACGAUUUUGUCAGCACCAAAAUUUCUUGGAUGUGUGGAUAACCAAAUUUUCUUACUCACGGUGCUCCGCUGCAUGCACACGCUUUGUGACCACGAGAGCUCCGCUAUUAAUUUGUAUGCAUAGAAGACAUUUUUUGGAGGGUAUAAAACAAAUCACAUAAUGACUGGUUCGACAGGAAAUUAGUUAAUUUUGUUUGAAUCUCAAAGUUGAAAAUCUUAGUAAUUAAGUCUUUUAGUGAUUUAAAUACUUCAUUUUUUAUUUUCUUUUUAAUGUCUCAGCAAACAACUCUUUACUGGGAGGAGGCGGAGGUAGGAGAUUUUUUUUGAUAGUUUUUAAUUAUCUUUUAUAUUAUAAAUUACUGUAAAAUUCUGAAAAUAAGCCCCUCCAUGUAUAAGCCCCUCCAAAUAGAAGCCCCCCCAAAUCGUAAGUUACGCAAAAAACCCUCCAUUAAAUCGCCCCUCUGAAUAUAAGCCCCCGGGGGCUUGUACUUGGAAUUUGCCCUCGAAUACAAAGUAAAACAAAGCAAAAAUGGUAAAUUUCCUUCCCACUACAAGCUAGCCCAAUCGAUUUUGAAACGCAAAUUUCCCUCCGUACAUAAGCCCCUCCGAUUAUAAGCCCCUCCAAAAAUAAGCCCCUCAAAAAGGGCCUUUGAAAAAUAUAAGCCCCGGGGGUUAUUUUCGAAACUUACUUAUGGUAACUUACAAGAAGUUAACUAAUAAAUAUUUUUUAAUUGUAAGGGGUUUCUUCUCUAGAAAAUCUAGCCUGUAUUAGUAGGCUCAUGGUUGAAAGCUCAUGAACACAUACAUGAAGCAAAGCUCAAAUAGGAGAGUGGUUAAUUUGAAUGAGUGUUUUCUCUGAAGAUUGAUAAUUACAUAGUAGUAGAAAUACCAGUAAUUACCAUGUCAGGAAAAAAAGAUUUUACAUUUGGUAUCAAAAGGUUUCCAUGGGCAACAAGGAGGGGCCUGGGCUUGAGCAAACAUAAAUUAUUAUGAUGAUGUCUUUUUUUAUUUUAUAAUAGUUGAUGGCUGUAUCCAUCGUGCAGCUGGAUCAACACUACGCAAGGAGUGUGCAGCCCUUAAUGGCUGCUCUACAGGAGAUGCAAAGAUCACAUCAGGUUGUGUAUUUAAUCUGAAGGAGAUAAAAACAUGUACAGGCCACCUUGGAAAUAACCAAAGUACAUGUAAUUGUUCAUAAGAAGGAUCAGGCAUAGCGGAGCUUAUCUCCUUCACUGCUGGUCUGGCUGGAGUCGCCCCCAUGCAUCGGGGUGACUCAAUGGGACAGCUGCGAAGAAGACGGCCGAGCGUAACAAUAUUCCUGUCGUCUUUGUUGCGAUAACACAGUGGAAUUUAGAGUAUGUGUACAUGUAGGCUCCUUGUAAUAAAACGUAGCUUUAUAUGUGGUCCCAAAUAAAAUUACUGGUAAUAGAAAGUAAGCUUCACAGCCCAAUGAAAACACAAAUGAAAAAAACAGCCCCUUUAAAUGUUUGUGAUAGCUGCAGCUAAUAAAUAUUGUUCUGUCAAUUCUUGCAGGGCAUAAGUUACCAGCCAAGUGUAAGUCACUUUUUUAUGGUUCUUUUAACAUUGUGAAUCCGCCUUUAUUAUUGUGAAUUUACUGUUAUUAUUCCAAUAACUGUAAUUGUCACCUAUUUCAGAUGUCAUUCAUACUGUUGGCCCAUUUGGAAAACAGGAAAAACCACUGAGAAGCUGUUACAAGAGAUGUUUGGGGUUGGUGAAAAAAUAUGGCCUUCGAACUGUGGUAAGAGAUUACUUGUAGUGAAAGAAGUUGUUGAUUUUCUUAUGUGGCAAAAUGUAAUUUAGGCAAAGUUAAUCUUGAAGCAAUGCUGGUCAGCAGUUUUCCCAGCUAUGCUGGGGGUGGCCCAAUGCCUCUACCAGGGGCACCUUGUGACUUGUAUACACAGUUGCUUGCUUGCAGCUCUUUGCAAAGACAGUAGCAGUAGCUUGUUGCUUGCUUGCCAUUUUGUGCUGUGUUUUUUUUCCCAUUCCUUCUCCCUCUUUAGGUUAGGACCAGUUAAUUGUUGGUUGGUAAGUAUUCCAUUGACUUGUUCAGUGUGACGGUGCCUGGUGGGGGCCGCGCAAGGUUGCCAUGGAUACCUCCUCCUCAUGCUAGAGCAUUGCCUGGCUCCACCAACUUUGUAGGCACUUUUAUGCUCACAAUGAAACUUGUACUUGUAAUACAAGCUAAAAUUCCCUAAUUUUUACAUUGUUUGUUUUUACAUAGGCAUUCUGCUGCGUUUCAACCGGAAUUUACGGUAAGGAAUUUAAAAAGCUCGGUGAAAAUGACCCACAAACUUUUGAAAACUACAUGACAAAAUGACACAAGCUAUUGUUCUUCACAGGUUACCCAAUCUAUGAUGCGUCCUGUGUCGCUUUGAACACUGUCCGCAAGUGGUUGGAGGACGAAGAAAAAGAUGGAAAGAAAAAUGCAGAACUUGUAAGGUUGUCUCUGUGUUUGGGUGUUUUCUUUUCCUGAACUUUGACGUUUUGAUCAAUAUUUUAAUAAUCGUACUCAGAUAAGUGAAUACCUUAACGUUAUGUGCUAUCCCACGUUAACGAUUCGCACCCAAUGCAGGUGGUAGAUUUAAAAACCCACUAGCUGUAAGACUGGUCCGUUGAAAAUCCAGGUUGGACGCUUUAAGAAUCUUUUGAGUUCGUCUUAUUUUGUACCUGCCCAUUGUAGGUGGAUCGCAUAAUCUUCUGCGUUUUCCUUGGAGGAGAUCUUGAAGUCUAUCAGCGCCUUUUACCGAGAUUUUUCCCUUCAGAGGAUAAAUAUGAUCAAGCAAGCGAACAAGAACAAGAGGAAGACACCGGCGAGACAGAAACUGACUCGAAAGAAGAUGAGGGAGUUGAGAACAAACCAAGAGAAGAUAGAAAGGACAAACAUAACUCAAAAGGAAAUGGAAAAGACGAUGUAAAAAAAGAAGAAGAAGCAAAAGGGAAGGAAGUUGGAGUUGAAACAAAGGCUGAAGAGAGGUCCGAGAACGAUAGAAAGGAUAAACACAGCUUAUCAGGAAACGAAAAAGAGGGAGUUAAAGAAGGAGAAGAGGCAAAAGAGAAGGAAGUUGAAGAUGAAACAAGAGCUGAAGAUAGCUCCGAGAACGAUAGAAAGAAUAAACACAGCUUAUCAGGAAAUGGAAAAGACGGAGUUAAAAAAAGAGAAGAGGCAAAAGAAGAGAAAACAGGAGGUGUGUCCUUGUGCUUUGGUUUUUACUUGUUUCAUGUAGCGGAAGCCUAUUUAAAUGCAAUGUAAACUUACUAGUUCAAACCUAAGGUUGCCACUUUUUUAAGGUUUAUCCUUCACCGUUAUGUUGUAAAUUUAGUAAGUAGCCGGUCUUUUUGGAGGAAAGCAUAUUUUCAUUAUGUAACGUUUUUUUCUACAUCCUAUCCUUUUUGGCCUUUUCCCCUUUUAUUUUAACGGUAAAUGAAAUCCCACUUAUCGACCGUUGUGGAACGGAAGGUACCCUAAAUUGUUUCAUCCGGAAAAAGAUUCGUGGAGUAAAACACCGGUGUUCUGUAGGUUACAUGUCGGGUAUUUUCCACAGCCAGUAACUGUCGCAAAUGUGUUGCAUUCUUUCUUAAAGAUGUCGAGAUGGAGGAGGGAGGAGUUCCUGACCCACCCAGACGUGAAGGGUUCCGAGAUUCCCAAGAGAUGUAGUGUCUCCAGCUUGGACUCUUCCAACACUUAGUUUUGCAGGGGAGACUUCCCGUCCUGUGUUGGUUCCUCUUUUUUGAAACACUAUUUGUCUCAAAUAGUCCUUUACUUUUUCUCCUUCAAUUUUUUAGAGAAGAGGCCGAAGUGAAGGAAGUUGGAGGUGAACCAAGAGCUGAAGAGAGCUUCGAGAACGUUCGAAAGGAUAAACACGGCUCAUCAGAAAAUGAAAAAGAGGAAGUCAAAAAAGAAGAAGAGGCAAAAGCAGAGGAGAUAAGAGGUGUGUCCUUGUGCUCUGGUUUUUACCUGUUUCAUGUAGCGGAAGCCUAUUUAAAUGCAAUGCAAACUUAAUAGUUCAAAGCUAAGGUUGCCACUUGUUUAAAGGUUUAUACUUUACCAUUGUGUUGUAAAAUUUAGUAAGUAGUCUUUUUGGAGAGAACGGCAUAUUUUCAUUAUCGUAACGUUUUUUCUACAUCCUUCCCUUUUUGGUCUUUUUCCCUUUUAAUGGUAAAUGAUAUCCCACUGUGAAACGGAAGGUAUCCGAAAUGAUUUCACGUGAAAAAAGAUUCGUGGAGUGUAACACCAGUAUUCUGUAGGUUACAUGUCCGGUAUUUUCCACAGUCAGUAACUGUCGCAAAUGUGUUGCAUUCUUUCUUAAAGAUGUCGAGAUGGCGGAUGUGGACGGAGUUCCCGACCCACCCAAACUUGAAGAGUUACUGGAUUCCCGGCAAGAGGACAUUACAGACGAGGAGGUUGUAAAUAAAAACGUCCCCUCUGAAGGGCAGGACACAACCAAGUAG